AUGAGUAAUAACCUAUGCCUGCGUAGCAUACUUGAGGCUAAUAAACUGACCCGACCAAACUUUAUUGACUGGUAUCGAAAUGUGAGAAUUGUUCUCAAGCAAGAGAAGAGGUUAUAUGUCAUUGAUAAAAACAAACCUGAUAUUCCCACUGAUGAUGCUAUUGAAGAAGAAAGGAAUAACUUCAUUCGUCAUACUGAUGACGAUGGGCAGGCGACAUGUGUGAUGUUAGCAAGGAUGAAUUAUGAACUUCAAAAACAACAUGAGAAUAUGGAUUCUCGCAUCAAUAUCUUGCAUCUCAGGGAGUUGUUUGACUCCCAAGGUAGGUCUGAGAGGUAUGAGACCUCUAAGGAAUUGUUCCAUUGUAAGAUGGCAGAAGGCUCUUCAGUUAGUGUUCACGUUUUCAAGAUGACUGGCUAUAUCGAAAAAUUGGGACAAUUAGGCAUUGCCAUGGACUAUGAGCUGAUUAUUGACUUAGUCUUACAGUCCUUACCACCCAGCUAUUCACAUUUUAUUUUGAGUUUUAAUAUGAAUAAGCUGGAUGCUGGCUUACCUGAGUUGCUUGGUAUGCUUACCACUGCUGAAGGAGCUCUUAAGAAGGAUACAACUCCUUUACUUAUAGUUCAGUCUUCUAAGGCUUAG